UUUCUUUAACACAUUUCAUUUUUAAAUGAUGUUUUUUCUUGACUGAAUUGCUCAAAGUUGUGACAGCAAUUAGAAUAUUUUUUAAUAUUGAUAUAAUGUUUACUUAAGACAUUUGCUGGGAUCAUACAUCUUUGGACUUUGUGAACAGGGAUCAGCAUGAGUGUUUCAGCAUUGGCUUGGUUUUAAGUUUUGUAAUUGCUGUAGCUCAAGCUCAAGUUAUUUUUAAUCACACAAUUAUAAGAUACAAAGUACAAACGUAUAAUACUAUGUUUUCAUAGUGAAGACUUUCCCAUAAGUGGUAUUGGCAGAUUUUGCUAUUCUUCUGUAGACGUGUUCAUUUCAAAAAUCCCUCACAUGAAGGAAAAACAUGCCUUCGGGCUAUAAAACAAGCGCUUUAUUUCAAAAUAUCCAAUCAGGACGAUCAAUUUCAGUGACGUUUUGGCAAGGUAUACCUGUUGUUUUAGAAGGAAGUAUCUGGCCAAUGACAUGAUAAUAAAAUAAUGAUAGACAAGAGCAAUAACGAAUAGAGGAGCGAUCUCGGUGGUUAACGGGUUAAUUGCAUUCUGCAAGAAAUCUCCGCAUGGUGUUUUUGCUCCACUUGCUGGAGCGAUCUGCUGUACAAUCUGCGACUGUAUUCAGCGCUGCAUUUAGCGAUGGAUCCAUGCGAUAAGGAUAAGGUUGUUAUGGACAGCUCGGAGGAAUGUAUCAACAGCGCUGAAGAACAUGACGAGACUGGGGAAUGGGAUUCUUCAUCUGAUAAAGAGAGUGUCGCUUCAUGUGUGGACUCUGCAGUAGAGGAUAUGUCCCUCGAUUGUCUAGAAACCGUUCUGGAUGAGUUUUCAGAUUAUGAUCCCUCUAAUGAUGCCUCUGAUAAUGACUGGAAUCCAGAGGUCACUCCACGAAAGAAAAGGAGAUCUGGUCUGUCUUCCAUUUCACCAUCUCCAGCAAAGUCUUGCAGAUUUGCUUCACCUGCCUCUGUACAAAGUAAGAAAGGGAAAGUUAAAAGAAGCAGUGUGAAUCGAUCUCUACCUUUUUCCUUAAGCAUCUCAGAAAACAAGUGGAAAAGUGCAGAUGAGCCCGAUACUGAGCCGACUCAGCCAAUCUUCAGACCUAGACAAACGCCCGGUCCACAGUUGGUCUCCAAUGCAUCAUGCAGUCCUCUACAGUAUUUUGAGUUGUUCUUUUCAAAAUCUGUCAUGCGGACAAUUCUAGCAAACUCAAAUGCAUAUGGAGCCAUGCGUCAGGAAGGAAUGAAGAAGCCAUGGCAAGACAUUUCUAUGAAAGAUUUUAAGACAUUCCUGGCACUGGUGAUUUACAUGGGUUUGCUGAAAUGCUUCCAACUGACAGACUAUUGGAGGAAGUCUCACAUGUACAGUCUGCCGUAUCCUGCUCAAAUCAUGUCUAGUAGGAAAUUUAUGACCAUCUCUAAAGCUCUCCAUCUUAGUGAUCCCAAAGUGGAUGCAGAGAAUGACAAGAAGAAGGGAACGCCUGAAUAUGACCGCCUGUGUAAGAUCAAACCGCUGUACCAGAACAUUAGGGAUGCCUGCAGAGCCACUUUCCAUCCCUUUCAGAAUAUCUCCAUUGAUGAAAGAAUGGUGGCAUCAAAGGCUAGACAUGGACUCAAACAGUACAUGAAAAACAAACCUACAAAAUGGGGGUACAAACUCUUUGUACUAGCAGAUUCCCUCUGUGGAUACACGUGGGACUUCUUCAUUUAUGAGGGAAAGGUGAAUUCAGAGGAGAGCAAAGGCAUUAGCUAUGAUUCUGUCAUGAUUCUGGCAGAUGAAAGGUUGUUGGGUACUGGCUACAAGCUGUUUGUUGACAACUUUUACACCAGUCCCAAGCUUUUCAGAGACUUGCUCGCUAAAAGGAUCUGGGCUUGUGGCACUGUUCGAGCAAACCGCAUUGGCCACUCAAAGAAACAUGCUCCUCGUGGCAAUAUUCGCUGGUUUAGGGAAGAUGACCUGCUGUUUGUUGAGUGGAAGGACAAGAGGGACGUGCUGAUGUGCUCCACCUUUCAUAAAGCCUUUAAUGGUGACACCAUAAAGAGGAAUGUGAAAGGAGCCGAUGGAGUUUGGGCCGUUCAGGAUUUCCCCGUUCCAGCUGCAGUGUUGGACUACAACAAGCACAUGGGAGGAGUGGAUCUGUCUGAUGCGCUUAUUUCAUUUUACACAGUUCUACAUAAAACUAGAAGAUGGUAUCGGUCCUUUUUUUACCACUUUGUGGACAUCGCUGUAGUAAAUGCCUUCAUUUUGCACCAGCAGAUGGCCAAGAUGAAGAACCAGAAGCCUUUGACCCAGAAGGCCUUCCGGGAGGCUCUUGUUGCAGAGCUCGCAGGGACAGGUCCUCCAUCUGCUCCUGCACAAAUACGCCCGAUUCCUUCGACAGACUCCCACCUGCCCAAGUACAUCAGCGGGGACAGCAGUAUUGGAAGGCGAAAAUGCAAAAUGUGUACCUUUAAAACUCCAGUCAAAUGUGCGACUUGUGAUGUGCCAUUGUGCUUCGUUCCCAAACGCGACUGUUUCACUAGCUGGCAUGAACAAGUUAGUUGUAGUGAGAGUGAGGAAGAGUAAAGUUCUGGGAUUUUGAGUGUAGUGUGGACUAGGGAUACCACAUUAUGUCCAAUUCACUUUUCAAAAAAGACAGAUGAGUACCAAAUCAAACACAAGAAGAAACAAUACUCUGAAGUGCAGCAUGUAAGUAGCAUAAUACUGUGAAAAAAGUGUGAAGAGAAAGAAAAAUGAGAGGAAUAAUACAUAGUCGAUCUUUCUAUUGCCUUGCACGCAGCAGCAAACAUACCGCGCAACCAACAAAUUAGGAACCGUUACUGAUUUAUCUGUACUGAGACUUAAAUCAGUGUAGUGACUAACUGUUACUUUUUAACAUGAUUCAUGGUAAUUUGCUAAAAACAUGCAAAUAUUUUUAUAACAUGUACUAAACAACAAAUAAUACUACUGUUGGGUAACCCAGAUAGCAACUUUGUGUCGGCCCACAUCCGGCCCACAUCUGGCACAUGCGGAAUGAUGAUCUGGCCCACAUUUGGCAGGAAUGAUGGCACUUGGGCGGACCGCUCCUGUUUGCCAGAUCUGGGCCACAAUUAGGCCAUAGAAAUGCCACAUGUCAGCCAAGAGCAAAGAAAUAAACCAGAACUGGACCUUAUCUGAUCCACAAAAUCUUUAUAUAUUAUUUAUAGAGUCAUCUCAGCAUUAACAAGCCUGUUAUCAAGCAGAAUCGCUGAAGGAAAGAAGAAAAAAAAAGAGACGAGCAGAAAUACAAGAACUACAACUGACUUCAGCCACAGCCUUAGAUGAAAUCAACUGAAGAUAAAUGACAUUAAAUCUCUGAAGAUCUGAUUAAAAAACUCCACAAACAGCAUUACCAGCUUCACUUAUUACUAACCAGACUGACUUUAUUUCUGUCACACGUCUACAGAAGUUCUUAUUAAGAAUUAACAGAAGUUUAACUCUCAUGUUUGUUUCAUUUGAGGUUACCAUGAUGGUGAUUGAUGUUUCCAUUAGUUGGCUGUUUUAUUUCUUUGCUCUUGGCUGACAUGUGGCAUGUCUAUGGCCUGCUUGUGGCCCAGAUCUGGCAAACAGGAGCGGUCCGCGCAAGUGCCAUCAUUCCUGCCAAAUGUGGGCCAGAUCAUCAUUCUGCAUGUGCCAGAUGUGGGCCGGAUCUGGGCUGACACACUGUUGCUAUCUGGGAAGUAUUUAGGUCAAACUUUUUUUUCAGGUAAUAGAAGAAUCAGUAAUGAAAUCUCUAACAAAGUAGUAUUGAUAAAUUAAUCAUUAAAUUCUUUACGAUUCCAAUUGCUAUACUAAUUUUUAAAAUGUUUUGAAAUAGAAGCAACAUUUAACUUUUUUUUUUUAAAUCAUGCCAUUUCUCGUAACAGCUUUUUCACUCAUAAUAUUUCUGCCUUAUUCACUUUAAUCUCCUAAUUGUACUUAAUUCUCUUUAUAUUAAUCUUAGCUGUUGUAAAUAGAGCUUACUCAUGCUUACAUUUCUCCAUCGCUGUUUAUACUACAGCAAAUUAAACAUCAUUAAAACACUAGGAAGGCUAUAGGCUAGAAUUUAUGUUUUUUAGAAGGAAGGAAGGUUAGUGACAAUUCAGAAGAGUUUGUAAACAGCAUUGAUGAAGAAACAGAGAUGUUCAUCGAUGGACUUGAUCCCCUCCUCGCCGAUCUUCAGACCGGUCCAAACACCUGGCCUGCAGUUGGCCUCCACUGCAGUUCCCUGCAGUUUUUUGAAUUCCAGUUUCCUGUCCGAUAUAUACAACUAUAGCAUGUUAACAUACAUAUGGGGCCGGAUGUCUGGAUGGAAAGAAGUCAUGCCAGUUUUAUAAAAGACUUGAAGCCUUUCCUGUCAGUGGUGAUGAACAAUUGGAGGAUGUCACACAUCUACUUUUUGACCACCUAUAGUACGGUCUACAAAAUGGUGGUACAAACAUUCAUUGUUACCAAAUUGUUCUUCUUUAAGAUUUCUUGCACAUUUAAUCUAAUUUGUGAUUGCUUAGGAAGCUUGCUUGAUUCCUUGGUGAGGGUAAGUGGAUUGCAGCAACUGAUCUUAAUCUGGUAAUGCAGACAUUAUGCUGAAGCUGAUGUCACUAACUGAUGUUGCCCCAAGCCAUGUUAAAGACUAAAGAUAUGCAAAGUUUUGUUUUCAGUUUUUCAAUUAGAGUUUGCUCGAGGUGAUUAUUAUCUGGUAUUUGCUAUUGCUUGUUUGCCUGCCAAUUCAUUGCUUGAACAUGAGUUGUCUCUUUGUUAAAACAUUUUUGUUGACCUUCAUCUGCUAGCAUUUUAAUAAACACAUGUACUAACACA